UCUCUCUCUCUCUCUCUCGUCUAACGUCAUUCAUGGCCGCCACUCUUGCUUUUAAACCCUCCUCCCAGAUCGAACACCCAUUUGGUGAUCACGAAAACCCUAACAAUGGCAACAGUCGACAAGGGAGGCGAGCUGCAGGGAGAGAGGAAGCGGAAAAAAAGAGGUGGUAAGUACUCAUCUCGUCUAUGGCGGCCGGGUUGCUUCCGAGUCGCCGCCACCGAUCCUUCUCCGGCGAAGACUGGCGAAGAGGAGGAUGGAGAGCAGCGGAAGCCAAAGCCGAAUCAUUUGGUGGUCACGGUCAAUGGGAUCAUCGGCAGUGCUCGGGAUUGGAGAUAUGCUGCAAAACAUUUUGUAAAAAGAUAUCCUGAAGAUGUUCUUGUGCACUGCAGUGAAUGUAAUUGCGCAAAAUUAACGCUUGAUGGUAUUGAUGUAAUGGGAGAAAGAUUAGCCAUGGAGGUAUUAUCAGUUGUUGAAAGGAGACCAGAGCUACAGAAGAUCUCAUUCGUAGGUCAUUCUCUUGGUGGCUUGAUAACAAGAUAUGCUAUUGGUUUAUUAUUUAAACCGAGUGUUCAGAGAAGUUCUUCAGAGGAAACUGAGGCUAUGGAAUCUAUGUCUGAAUGCUUGGAACAAGAUGCUAAAGCUAAAAUUGCUGGCUUGGAGCCUAUGAAUUUCAUAACAUUUGCCACACCUCACCUUGGUUCAAGAUGGCACAAGCAGAUUCCAAUUCUUUGUGGAUCACCUGCGCUUGAAAGAAUGUCAUAUAAAAUUUCCUCAAUAGCUGGAAAAACUGGUAAUCACCUCUUCCUCAAAGAUAAAAAGGAUGGAAAACCUCCUCUUCUCCUUCAGAUGGUCACUGACAACAGAGGCAUCCCGUUCAUGUCUGCUUUGCAGUCUUUCAAGCGUCGUGUUGCUUAUUCAAAUGUUUGUUCUGAUUUCAUUGUUGGUUGGAGAACAUCGUGCAUUCGAUUUCAGCAUGAGCUUCCAAAGGUGAUACUUUCGAUCAGAGGAACUUCCCAAGUUACAACUUUUCAUCCAACUCACGUCAUCGAACAUCUUCCCUUUUCAGCGUGAAAAUUUUACGAAAAACGAGAAGUAUAAGCAUGUGGUUAAUGAGGAGAAACCGGAAAACCUGACUCGAGCAGCAUGAAGGUUUUUUAGAGAUUGAUUUCUCUCAACCGAUUAAUGCUAAUAAAAUGGAAGAAUUGAUGAUCAAAGGCUUGAAGAGAGUUCCUUGGGAGAGAGUAGAUGUAAGCUUCCGCAAAAGUAAACAGAGAAUAUUUGCUCACAUUACCAUACAGG